AUGUUAACAAAUUAUUACGAAAAACUAGACAUCAAUCGUAAGGCCAGUCAACUGGACGUCCGUAAAGCUUUCCGUCGGUUAGCCCUACGCUAUCAUCCGGACAAAGCAACUACCGGUGCCGUCGGUGAUACAGCCAAUGGUGGCCAACAGUUUCGGGAUAUUCUGGAAGCCUAUCGGGUAUUAAGCGAUCCAAACAAACGUAAAUCAUAUGAUAGGUCACUAUCGCCGCCGACAACGACAACAACGCCGCCGAAAGCUAAACACCGACGACAAGACACCCGAAGUUCCCGACGUUCAAGUGGUGGCCGUAAUCAUCACCAAAACAAACAGAAAUCUAGUCCUACCGCCGAAGCCGCCGCCCGCAAACCAACUGUCCAUACAUUGUAUGUAUCGUUGGCCGACCUAAUGACCGGCUGUACUAAACGCUACAAAAUCAGCCGAAAUCUAUGGCCGUCUGCGAACAGUCAGUCGUCGAUAAUAUCGGCCGAUUAUGUGACCAUCGAUGUCAAACCCGGCUGGAAAUCGGGUACUCGUAUAACAUUUGCCGAACACGGAGACCAACCGGGUUAUGGCCAGCGGCCACUGGAUGUUGUAUUUGUUAUCUGUGAACAACCGGACAAACAGUUUCGGCGAUCGGGUAACGAUUUGCUAUACAGUUGUCAAUUGACGCUCAGGGAUGCUAUGAGCGAACAUGGCUUUCGGAUACCGACACUUAGUAGCACCGGUAGUGGUAGUGGUGGUAGUGAUAGUGGUUUUUCUGGUAAACCGUUAGCCCAUAUAGUUAUGACACGCGAACAGUUGAUUAAGUUCUAUGAAAACAGUUCCGUAGAGAUAAGGAAAGUUGGUUUAGGACUACCCGACCAUAAAAAUCGCGAUAUCAGAGGCGAUCUCAUUAUAAACUGUACGCUAAAAACAUAUUAA